UUUUUGGAGUUGGGCUAGCAUUUUGAAACAAUGCAUAUUUGGAGUUCUAGUUGAAAAUCUUGGUCACUUCGGAUACAUGCACUGUUGGCGUGAUCUUGAAUGGCACUGCCUCUUCCUUUUAUGGGAUCGAGUUUUGUUCUUGCUUGCUUAAGUGUUCUCCGCCAGUGGGAUUAACAUUAGCAUGUGGCAGUAAUGAGAGCGGCAGAUUCUUCAUCUUGAAACUAUUUUGGUACCUUUGUCUUUUUGAGAGGAUAUCUGGGCCAUACGUUUUCAGGAACCAUUCCUGGAGUAUCACUCAAUGAUCCAAAAGCCUUCUGAGCCCGAACCACCUUUGAACUAAUCCAGAAAAGGCAAUUUCUAAAUUUUUCUGCUUUUAAGGCCAACUGCCAGAAGCAAAGAUGCUGAACCAGGGGGCUGUGAUGAUCUUCACAGGAAUCUGUGGGGCAUUAGUGAUCAUGGCGGUGGCCUACUAUGCCUACUGGUCGGUGGUGCUAAGUGAAGGGCCGUGUAAAAGAGGGUUGUAGAGACGAGCCCACCGUGCUGUGUGUGUGUGUGUGCGUGUGUGUCUGUGUGGAAGGGGCUCUCAGUCAUGGGUGUGGUGGCGUGGCUUAAGAGCCUGUUCAUCCUGCAGCUCUUGAUUGGGUUUGUGUUUGUGGUGAGCGGCCUCAUUAUCAACUUCAUUCAGCUGUGCACCUGUGUGCUGUGGCCCAUCAACAAACAGCUCUACCGCAAGAUCAACACCAGACUUGCAUACUCUCUGUGGAGCCAGUUAGUGAUGUUAUUGGAAUGGUGGUCUGGCACAGACUGCAUGCUGUACACCGAUCAGGCUACGGUGGAUAAGUUUGGUAAAGAGCACGUCAUCAUCAUCCUCAAUCACAACUAUGAGAUUGACUUCCUGUGUGGGUGGACCAUGUGUGAGAGAUUCGGCGUGUUGGGGAGCUCCAAGGUCCUGGCUAAACAUGAACUGCUGAAAGUGCCUCUGGUGGGUUGGACAUGGUACUUCCUGGAAAUCGUCUUCUGCAAGAGGAAGUGGGAGGAGGACAAGGAAACUGUAUUCAGUGGGCUAAACCGUCUCAAGGAUUACCCAGAAUACAUGUGGUUCCUGCUGUACUGCGAAGGAACAAGGUUUACAGAACAGAAACAUCAGAUAAGCAUGCAGGUUGCUGAGAGUAAAGGCCUUCCAAAACUGAAGUACCAUCUGCUGCCCCGCACCAAAGGAUUCACCACUACACUGCAAUGCCUGAAGGGAACAGUAAAGGCUGUUUACGAUGUCACACUGAACUUCAAAGACAAGCAGAACCCCACCCUGCUGGGCAUCGUUAGUGGGAAGACAUACAAAGCAGAUAUGAGCAUCAGACGCUUCCCUGUUGAAGAGAUUCCUGAUGAUGAAAAGGAGUGUGCUGAUUGGUUACACAAGCUCUACCAGGAGAAGGAUGCACUGCAAGAGUAUUAUCAGAAGGAGGGAUGUUUCCCCGGUCCCACCAUUAAACCCAAACGUCGAGUUUGGACACUACUGAAUUUUUUGUUCUGGGCUACAGUCCUGCUCUCUCCACUUAUUAACUUUGCCUGGGAUGUUUUUGUCAGCGGCUCUCCCCUACUCAUCAUUGGCUUCAUGAUCUUCCUCAUUGUCGCUUCUGUAGCAGUCCGCCGGCUCAUUGGAGUAACUGAAGUAAAGAAGACCGGAUCAAGCUAUGGCAAUACAGAGGCUAAGAAAGACAACUAAAAUUUUUCACUGUGUCGACACCAUGUGGCCACUGUAACACUCACCCUGCAGUCAAGCCUCAGGCACUGAGCUGCUCUGUGUGCAGAUAUUUUUACAAAAAAAUAUGUAAUAAAAAAAAAAACAUAAAAUUUAAAUCUCUUCAAUGCAACAUUGUCGGGGUAUAUAGGGAUAUAACUAUAGAUAUAACUUGAUAUGCUAGUGCUAUAAUUUUUAUUAAUUACAUGGGAAAUAGAGAAGAAAAUGAAAUGCUCGUCAACUACGGAUGUGUGUCGACAUUCUUGUCUCCCCGGGCUGAAAGAAAAAAGAAAAAGAUGACCUAAAGAGUGACCAAUCACUGAUACUAAUCACCCUAUCAGUGACACUUUCCAUUCUGUUUAACACCGCCCCUUUCAUUGCAUAAGACUCCGCCCAUCAACGAUCCUUCAAUUUUCCCAAAAAACCACCGACUCGUGGAGAACACCCACUUAGUGUACUAGAGAUUGUUGUUCUGCACUAAUAUUUAUCUUCUACUGAAGGGGACACAUUUCAUAUAGUCUGUCCUUUGCAACAUUUCCAUGUCUCCACCUAAAAUACCUUCAUAUCAAUAGCCAUUUCUUUGAACUUUGUGUGAAAGACGCAACUCUCCUACGUUCAUGUUCACAUACGGUCAGAUCUCCACUCAGAGCCUAAAGCCACAUUGAGUCACUCAGACUGAUUUUCUAAAAUCAGAAUUUCAUGUCACAGGACAAACGAACAUGCUGCGGAUGAGGAGACCUCCUUAGCCAGGCUGGCCAUUUAGAGAUGAGGUGGUCAAACAACUGCCCCUUACAAAAUAAAUGACUGCUGUGGACCUUUAAUGGAUCUCUUGCUGCUGGAGGGACGUUGGUGGAAACUUGUAUCUCGUGACUAAUAUCACAUUUGAAAUGUAUAGAAAUGGUUGAGCAGGAUUUCUAAGGAAAAGCAUGUAUUUUAAUCUGUCAUCUUUGAUAACUUCUGUAACUACUCCCCUUUUUUGAAAUCUAUUCUCACUUUGGGUUCUUGACUCCCUUUGCCUCCAUUGAAUUAUUGAAUUCGGAUAUAUUGAGUGAGGGAGACGACGCUCUACCAAUCUACUCUGACUCUAAGUUUAGAGUUCCCAAUGUUGUCUACUCAAUUAAAGGCCCAUGAUUUAUACACCUACCCUCUCUAUCCAUGUAUAGCAUAUGAAAUAUAUGGCUAAAGAGUGAGGUAUUAAGAAAGCAGCUGAAUGACCAAGGAAAAAAAGAUAAAUCAUGUAAAUAACUAAUGUGAAACAUGAUUAGUUUGACAACUAUUGACACUCGUGACGCUGCUAAUGGCAAAUUGGGUUGUAAAUAAACUCUAGAGCUUUCUUUGACUUGAGGUUUGUCAGCUGUUUCGUAGUAGCAUUAAACAAUUCUGAAAUGUGGCUGUAUGCUGACGGCUGACUUUCAUUGUUUGCACUGUAAACUCUGAUCCGAAUGAUAUGUUCAUUGCAAGCACUUGACAAAAAAAAAUGAUCAACACCUUUAUGGUGAUAAAACUUCUUAGAUCACACCAUUUUAAAAUUGUCAGAGUUUACAGUGUAACUUGGUGGUUUUAUAGCUGUAAAAAAAAAAACAUAACGGAUCAAUGCAAGCCUUCUCAGAACUGAUAAGUGUAGCUUUUUUAUUUGGUGAGUGCAUCUAAAGAGCCCUUCACCCCAUAAUGUUCCUGUGUGGUUGUGAUAUGCACACAUAUUAUGCAGCUUGACACCGAUUUGCUGAACCUCAAAUCAUUCACUGGGUGUCAUGGUUUAAGAUACUGCUACUCAAAGCAUCUGAAACACUGCACUGUGAUGUACACAACGUUCGCACAGUGAUUUUUAGGUGAAUGGUCAACUAAUGGGAGUUUUCAUUGAAUUUGUGAAUGUGAAUUUUUUUUUUUAUGUUUAGCUGAGUCUGAAUUUAUUUGACAUCUAUCAUUUUUGUGUGAAAUUCUCUUAUUUGAAAUGGACACUAAAUAUAGUGUUUCAUGAUUUGAGUUUGAGUUACAUGAACAUUUUAGCAGUAUGUAAACUAAGGCUAGAAUUGAAAUUUAGUCUAUUUUAAAAGACCUUGACAACUUUUUUUUUUGGUAUUUUCUUCCAGAUUAAUUAAAGCAUUCAGGAUGAUUGGAAUUGGUGUUGUUUUAUUUCAUUAUAUGAACAACUAGGUAGACAAGGAAUCUGCUUUCUGAGUUUAAAGGGAAAAUUCACCCAAAAUUUGUAAUGCUCUUAUUUACUCAACCUCAUGUCGUCCCAGAUAUUUAUGACUUUCUUCUAA